GCCUCCUCUCAGGUGGCAUUUGAGAGGUCUAAGCCAACCGGGUCUGGCUUCUCCUCAUGUGGCGAGGAGAAGGUCUCUGAGGGAUGCUAGCCAAGCCUGCCAAUCGGAGGAGCAAUUGCAGUCCCUACUCUGCCAGUAUGAGGAGGAAAGUUUCGAAAGCCAGCGGGCACGUCCUGGAUUCCGUCGCCAACAGAGCCAGCAUGUGGCUUAAGGAGUUGCCGCGACGAGAUGGUCAGGAGAUGUCGGCUUCCAGCCUGCUGGACCUCUCUGCCUCAGCCACCGGUGCCACACUCAAGCGGCCCACCAGCCUCAGCCGUCACGCCAGUGCAGCUGGCUUCCCUCUGUCACCGGUGGUGUCCCGGGGCAUCACCAAAGCCUCCAAGCACCUCAUUACCCACAGUGCCGGGGACAGCUGCGAGGAGACCGUUCUGGAAGCCGAGGAGAUAGCCCACCUACUGGCUGAUGUGGGCCGCUUUGCAGAAGCCCUGCAGAAACUGGGGGACGUGAUGCUUCAGGAGGAGGAGGUAGAAUCUCACCGCUCGCUUGCCCAUGAGUGCCUCGGAGAGGCCCUGCGGAUUCUCCGGCAGGUCAUCGCCAAGUAUCCUCUGCUCAAUACCGUGGAGACAUUGACAGCAGCCGGGACUCUCAUCUCCAGAGUCAAAGGUUUCAAUUACGAAGUAAAGAAUGAAGGAGACAAACGGGAAUUCGAAAAGGCCCUGGAAACGAUUGCUGUCUCUUUUAGCAGCACAGUCUCUGAAUUCCUCAUGGGGGAAGUGGACUCCAGUACGCUCCUCUCUAUCCCUCUCAGCGACCACAAUCAGUCUAUGGAAAAUAUAUAUACCAGGAUCACUGGACAGGGAAUGGAAGAGAUGCCAACAGGCCUGGAAGACUUCAAUUCAAACUUUCUGUCAUCAGAAGAGGUUGAUAUCCUCCUCCAGAAGUCUGAGGGCGGGGUGGACACUGCCCUCCAGUACGCCAAGAAUAUCUCCACGUACAUGAAGAAUCUCAUAGCCUACCUGGAGAAGAGGACCACGCUGGAAAUGGAAUUUGCCAAAGGGAUUCAGAAGUUGGUGAACACCUGCAAGCCACCGAUCACUCAGGAGCGGGACAUGCCUCUGCUGUCGAUCUAUUCGCUGGCGCUGGAUCAAGACUUGGAAUACAGCAUGAAUUGUUUGCAAGUCAACAACAGUUUGCAAAUGGAAGAGCUGUUGCAGCCACUGAUGACAAGACGUCUUGAGCAUAAAAAGCGGCGUAAAGACAUCAAAGAACAGUGGAACCGAGCACAGAGGAAGCUGCAAGAGGCCAAGAGCAACCUGCGCAAAGCCAAGCAGAUGUACAUGCAGCGCUCGGAGGAGCACGAGAAGGCAAAAUUCGGGACGGUGAAAGCUGAAGAGGAGCAGCAAGCGGCAAGCAGCACAGCCACCGCCAAGGCCUUGGACAAGAGGCGCCGUCUCGAGGACGAAGCCAGGAACAAGGCGGAAGAGGCCAUGGCAACGUAUCGGACCUGCCUAGCGGAUGCCAAUACCCACAAACAAGGGUUGGAGGACACCAAGGUGAAUACCCUUCGGCAGAUCCACGAGUUGGUUAAGCAGAGUGACCAAAUCAUCAAAUCGGCCACUAUCACCUUCUACCAGAUUAUGCACAUCCAGACGGCUCCGCUGCCUGUCCACUUCCAGACCUUGUGCGAGAGCAGCAAACUCUACGACCCCGGGCAGCAGUACGCCUCCCGUGCCAAGCGGCUGCAGAGGGGGGAUGAACCAGAGGCCGCGUACAACUUUGAGCCUUACAUGGCACACAAUGGGUCUCCGCCGCCCCGAGCGCGAAAGGGCAGUUCUAGCACCAGCGAGCUUGCGGUGUCUGGCAACUCCGAUACACCCAAAAAAGAGGAUGCGACCUCUGAAGGGGACUUGACAGCAGCCCUGCAGAGCGGGCCAGCCACUGUUGAGCGACGAGGACUCGCUGUUGCGCCCCCGGAAAUCACAUCACCCACUGGCCCCUUCCGAAAUGUUGGUUUAUCCAAAGCCGCUCGGACCCACCGGCUGCGGAAACUGCGGACCCCCGCCAAGUGCCGAGAAUGCAAUAGCUAUGUCUAUUUCCAGGGAGCAGAAUGUGAAGAGUGCUGCUUAUCCUGCCACAAGAAAUGCCUGGAGACGCUCGCCAUCCAGUGCGGACACAAGAAGCUCCAAGGCAAGCUGCAGCUCUUUGGCCAGGAUUUUCUGCAGGCUUCUGGCGCCAGCUCCGACGGCAUCCCCUUUAUCAUCAAGAAAUGCAUCUGUGAGAUCGAGAAGAGGGCGCUAAAAACAAAGGGCAUCUACCGUGUCAACGGUGUCAAAACCCGAGUGGAGAAAUUGUGCCAGGCCUUUGAGAACGGGAAGGAGCUUGUGGAACUCUCCCAGGCUUCCCCGCACGACAUCAGCAACGUUCUAAAACUCUACCUGCGACAGCUACCGGAGCCGAUCAUGCCCUUCCGCACGUACAACAGUCUCAUGGGGGCAGCCAAGGAGAGCCUGCAGGGCGGGGCCGAGGGCAAGGCCACGAAGAAUGCCGUCGAGCUGGUGGACAAAGGGGCCGAGACAGACCAGGUGGUGGUCACCUUGGUGGCGAAGCUGAAGGAACUCCUGCGCCAUCUUCCCCGGGAGAAGCUGGCCACGCUGAAGUAUAUCGUGCAGCACCUGAGGAGGAUUGUGGAGGUAGAACAAGAGAAUAAGAUGACGUCCGGCAACCUGGGCAUUGUCUUUGGCCCUACGUUAAUGCGUCCCCGGCCCACAGAGGCCACCAUCUCUCUCUCAUCCCUGGUCGACUAUCCCCAUCAGGCCCGUAUUGUGGAGGCCUUCAUCGUCUUCUACUCGGCCAUCUUUGAAGAGGACGGUGUAGUUCUGGGAGAGGAACUGAAGGAGGAGGGGACAGCCCAAAGCCAGGAGGACGCUUGCGAUCAGCCGCACAGCAGCAUCCCGUACCUCGUGGAGACAGUUGAACCUUCUGAAAAUCUCGACGGCGACUCAUACAGAGAGCCCAGCGUAGAGCAGUAUAUCGAUUCAGACUCCGAGCAGGAAGACACAGCAGAGGCCGAGACCAGCAGCGACGAGGAAACGCCAUCCCAGGCCGGAGCCAGCGAGGAAGAGGCGCUGCCCAGAACGUCCAGCGUCGGCCAGUCGGAUUCAGAGGUCGUUUCGCACCCGAGACAGGAGGAUGAGCCUGAAGACGAUGCGGUCUUUAGCAGAGGGACAGAGGUGGAGAAUGGGGAAGGGUAGCUUAGAAUACAGAGUGGGCUGAGCUGGCAGCCCAUUUCCACUGCUAGCUCUUGCUUCACUGCUUGGCCCCAGGACGUCAGGAAAACACGGAGCUUUGCUGGGCUGCCAAAAUAAGGACUGUGUAGGCCCCAAGCUUGGCUAGGGCAGGGAGAGAAUCUCUUCAGCAAAGUCUUUGGGAGCCGAUUUCCUCUUCCGGGUCCUGUGCCAACGAGGCAUUGCUUCCAACCUGUUUUAAAACAUCCCCCUCCAACCGAGGCUAAAAUUGCAUUGAGUAGCUGCACAGACAUGCAGCAGAGUGGCUUCAUUAUAGAAAUAACAUCAACAGACACAGCUAAAUGGAAAAUACCACCUUAUAAGAGCAAGGCAGUAUUGACCUUCGAUGCGAUGUCUUUUUUAAAUUAUUAUUAUUAUUCUUGUUGAUCUUCCUCCCCUUAGCUCAGGGUGGAAUCUAUCAUUCACCACAUCUCCAUUUUAUCAUCACAACAACCCUGCGAGUGGGUUAAGCAGAGAUUGGUCCAAGAGGAGCUUUGUGGCAGAGAUUUGAACCCAGGUCUCCACUGCCCCUUAAAUAUUACUCCUGGAAGCUCCAAUUCUUUUUGCCUGUAAAUGACACAGCGAACGCUCAUUUUUUCAAUGCCUGUGUAUGAGCAAAGCAGAAAGUAUUUUUACCAGUGGACUGUUUACUUGAUUUUUUUUUCUCUAAAGCUAGACGUGUUCAGGAAAUUUUAAUUUUUCACAUAGUAAAGUUUAAAGAAAACACACAUUAGGUCUGCUUUGGGAGCUGAAUUCUGCAGGAUUCUUCGGAGGGGGGGUGGGCGCAGACUUGAAAAUGCUUUUUUUCCUUUUAUUAACAUGCUACGGGAAAGGGAACGACUCCAUCCAAUGUUCGGAUGCCGCACGUAACCAAAUGCAGAAAUCAAAUGCCGCAAGACUGACUCUGCGCUGCUUAAACACACAAAGCUAUCUAGGAUCAGGCGAUAAACCGGCACAGCAGCUCUCUAGACCGGCCUACCCGGAGAAUUGGGCAUCUUCUGCCUUUCAAACGGAUGCUCUGCUCCUGGAGCUACACUAUUGGUCAAGCUAGCUCAGAAUUGUGCUUAGUAGUUGACUCAUGUAUCAGGCAGAAAGAGGGCUUUUCCUGGCUAAGAUGAGUGGCUUAGCUUUGGAGACCAGAUUUAGCAAUACCCUUCUUUUUCACAGGCCAAAAGGUGACUCAAACCCAACCUCAGCUUUUUCAGGUACUGUGCCCACAAGGAAAAGGCAAAUAUACUUGUUAUUAAUGAGAGAUUUAAAUAUCCUUUUAGUAUGUCUGGAUGAACCUCGACUUUCUGCUAUGCAAGUGAAGAACCUCAGAAUUGGGUUAGGUGAUCCAUUUAAAUGUGCACAAGAACCAUUUUUAGCAUUAGGGAAUAGAGAUUUGCGCCCAGCCUUUAAAAUACUGAAUGACUGCACCUGUCCUGUAUAAUAGGAUUACAUUUUCCUGCUUCCUAGAGGUAGAUUAGAGCUGAUCCUUCAGAAAAGAACUUGAUGCAGACCUUCCUGGGUGAAAUUGGAAUGGUACUGGAUGUGUGCAUGUAAACAGGAAGGGGGUGUGAAUGAAGAGAAAAGGAACACGUCUUCAUGCUCUGCUUUCAACUGUUUGUACAUCACUCAAGGCAGGUCUGAUGUCACACUAGCCAAUGUCCGUGAAGUGCUGUAUUUGUGCCCUUGCGCUCAGGUUGUAUGGAGGUACUGGGUUUCAUAUCAGCUGCGUGUUUUCCCAAUUGUAAGAUGAAGCAAUAAAAACACAACAUUGGGAAGUGCCAAUUUCCCUCGAAA